CCAGCAGAAUGGCUAGCUCCUGAAAUGGAUAUCGACGCUGUUGAUCUGGGUGAGUACCACGUGAUCGGAGGAGUAAUUCGCUUUGAUCUACUCACUCUACCGAGGCAGCCGCGUACUGGUCGAGGAUGGACAAUUACCACGUGUGUGAGACCAGCUAAGCUCAUCCCGUUCGAUUAUAAUGUCGAACAGAGACAGCAAAAAGAUUCUCAACUGAUAAUUGAAGGUAAAUCGACUUCAGGGAUCUUCUGA